AUGGACCAGGGCCGUUCAACAGGUGCCCUGCAGCCUGAGGGGCUGCGCGAGCGAAUUCAACGCCCUGAUUCAACUGGGGGCCGAGAUGCUCUAAAUGCCCAUGGGGAAGCUGAGAUCAAGGAUGCGGCCGGCAACGACAAGAAGACCUUUGGGCGGACUCCCGAUGGAACUGUGUUCACAGUGCCUCAAACCCAUGAUAUGGUCUCCCAGCUGCUCUCGCCAUCCGAACCCAAGAACUUGUCAGACGUGGUGGUUUUAGUUUUGCUUGCGAUCCAUGUUCUCCUGCUCUGGGCCCUCCCCGCUAGUGCCAAAGUCCCGGUAUUUGCAUUCAUCUACCUCUCUUGGCGCGCGGGUUAUAAUGGAGGAAUUGGAUGGUUACUGCACCACCAGUCGCAUCACAAGACCUUGAUCCGAUGGGCCGAGAAGACCAAGAUCUUCGUUGAUCCGGCCACCGGGGAAAACCCGCACCCUACUCUGUACAAUUGGAUCAAGCGGGAGCUGGAGACCAAGAUUCCCCACGAUUACAAGUUCGAAAAUGCCCCAAUUGAAUACAACACCUGGCUUGUCUUUAGGCGUCUUGUGGACGUGAUCCUUAUGUGUGACUUCACUUCCUACUGUCUCUUCGCGAUAGCAUGUGGGAAACAUCCUGUGGAUGAGAACAUUCUCAUGACAGUCCUGCGGUGGACAGCGGGCAUCGUGCUUGUUCUGUUCAACCUUUGGGUCAAGCUAGAUGCCCACCGAGUAGUCAAGGACUAUGCCUGGUACUGGGGCGAUUUCUUCUACCUUAUCGACCAGGAAUUGACCUUCGACGGUGUUUUCGAGAUGGCUCCUCACCCCAUGUACUCUGUCGGCUAUGCGGGAUACUACGGUAUCUCGCUUAUGGCGGCAAGCUACAAGGUGCUCUUCAUCUCCAUCAUUGCCCAUGCAGCACAAUUCGUCUUCCUUGUUCUCGUGGAGAACCCACACAUCGACAAGACCUACAAUCCGCCUCCUCCCCGCAAGCGCUCUGUCUGUGCCGGUUCCUCUACGAGCCUACCGAUCGACCUGGAUACUCCCACUGCGCCAACUCCAUCCGAUGAUAUUCCUCCCAAUGCGUCUUCGUACUCGGCCAAGCCACCCCCUUCGGUUCACAACAUGUUGGGGCUGCAUAACCUGGAUCUGUAUAGAACCACCGACUCGUCCACCAUGCUGGUUCAGAUGCUCGUAUUUGCAGUCACCGCGUUGACUCCAUCCACCCCACGCUACCAAUUCCUAUUCGUCGUCAAUGCUGUUGUAUGGCGUGUCUGGUUCUCUGUAGGCAUCGGGUAUCUUUUGAACAACCAGUCUAACAACAAGGCCUGGACAAGACACUUCCUUAAGUUCGGCGAGACCCCGCAUGAAGCGUGGGGCCAAUGGAAGGGUUCUUAUCACCUCAGUAUGAUCAUGUGCUACGCCAGCUUCAUCGCUGCCGUUUGGAAGAUGUACACCUUCCCAGCAGACUGGGGCUAUGGUCUCGUGCUUUUCCGACAUGUUCUAGGCGCAGGCCUAAUUAGCUUGCAACUCUGGACAUCGGUCAGCAUCUAUGAGUCCCUUGGCGAAUUCGGCUGGUUCUACGGUGACUUCUUCUUUGACGAGUCCCCCAAGCUAACCUAUAAUGGAAUUUACCGUUUCCUAAACAACCCCGAGCGUGUUUUGGGUCUUGCAGGCGUCUGGGGUGCUGUCCUAAUCACUAGCAGUGGUGCAGUCACCUUCUUGGCGCUACUGAGCCACAUUCUCAGCCUUGCUUUCAUUCAAUUCGUGGAACGUCCUCAUAUGCAAAAGCUAUAUGGUCGCAGUCUUCGCCAGGAUGGAGGUGUUGUCAAGAAUCUGAAAAAGUCUCUCCCGCCUCCCUUCAAGCAGCUGCACGGAAGUGUGGACAAGAUGUUCGACGAUUCUUUCGAAUUCAUUGAGGAGUUGCUCGACAAUGCCCGUCCAAAGUUGGCUGCUGGAGUCAGCACCUUUGUCAAGGACACGACAGCCCUCUUCCAGAAAUAUCCUGCUCGCAUCACCAUCUCCCGUAUCGAUGCAGACCUGGCUGGUCUCGACAUGAGUGACUAUUCGUUGUCUGUGGAGGGCACCGAGGCCAAGUCCUUUGAGGAGACCGAGUUGGGCAAGGGUCGUGAAGGUGCUAAUGCCCGUAUGCCCCUCGACCGACGAGGUGACUUGAAGAACCUGACUUUCGAAUACGGCUCUCCAAUCAAGGUCAAGUGGACUGCACCUCUGACGCACAGCAAGAAGGACUGGAUCGGCAUCUAUCGUGUUACGGACAACACCUCCCGCGAAGUCUCUCGGGUUUCCUCGCAGGGCCGCUGGGUUGCAAUCAACGAGGGCUCUUAUGACAACCUCACCUGCGAAAAGGGCAUCAUCACUAGCGACCUUGUGACCAAAUCUGAUCGUCCAGGGCAUGAACUUGCUUCCGGCGAAGUAGUAUUCUCCGGAGAUAAACUUUUCUGGACCCAAGGUGUCUUCGAGCUCCGCUACCAUCACAACGGCUUGCAUAACGUGAUGGCCAUCUCGAGACCGUUCGAGAUCCGUAUGCACCGAUUUGACGAGGACGAUAUCACCGUCGACAGCGAUGGCAUCGUGCAAGCCACUGUUGAACAGUCCUUGCUUCCAGUCGUCCGGAACUGCUUCGACCAAGAUCCUGAGAUUGCACCUGAAACCUUCGACGAGCAGUUCGGCGGUCUUGUCGAAAGGGAUGGCAAGUUUGCCAAACGUGUUGUAUUUGCCGUUCACCAAAUGUUCGGUGUUGAGCUAGCGCCUGAAGUCGUCAAGGCAGAUGGCAACGUCCGGAAUCUCGCCUGGAGGAUAUGCAAUGCGAAGAAAGUGCUCGCUCCCUACACCAUGUCCCAAUCGAACGGAACAACAACUCCAGUCGAGACAAUUGAGGGAAAGCAAGAGUGA